AGUUUGCCUGGCUGUCAUCAUGAAGGCAGCACCACGAUAAACAAGCUUUUCUUACUGAUCUGAAGUGGCUCUGAUCAGCCUUUUGCCUUACAGUGGCAGCCACUGUUAGAAGAACAGUGGUUGAAGAGCUAAAAGAAAUGGAGAUCGCUGUUGCUAUCUUGUUGACUAUGCUCCUAGGCAUUGUUGUCGUUUUGUUUCAGUCCAGAAACAGUCAUCGGCCACCUUGCAUCCAUGGUUGGAUCCCCUGGUUUGGAGCUGCUUUCCAGUUUGGAAAAGCUCCCCUGGAGUUUAUAGAAGAAGCCAGACUCAAGUAUGGACCAGUAUUUACAGUGCAUAUGCUGGGGAAACGAUAUACAUUUCUUACUGAAGAAGAAGGGGUUCAAGCAUUUUCUACAUCUAAAGAUACGGAUUUUGAGCAGGCAGUACAACAGUCUGUCCAGCAUGCAGUUUCAGUUCCUGAAGACAUCUUUUACAAGAAUAGGAGUAAGCUGUAUAUCUUGAUGAAGGGAAGACUGUCUGCCUCUAAUGUACAUCAUUUGUUUGGGAGUCUCUGUCAGGAAUUACAGGAACACAUCAAGGAUCUAGGUCCUGAGGGAACAGAAGAGCUCAAAGACAUGGUGAGGCAUAUCAUGUUCCCAACAAUAACGAGUGUCUUGUUUGGAAAAGACAUCCUUCUGACAAAUAAGAAGACUACCAAGGAGCUUGAAGAGCACUUUCAGAACUUUGAUGAUGGUUUUGAAUAUGGCAGCCAACUUCCUGAAUAUUUUCUGAAGAAAUGGUCCACAUCCAAAACAUGGCUCCUUCAAAAGUUUGAACAAGUGUUGAGUGCAGAAGGAACUAACUCUUCAGACAGCCAUUCUAAGACACUACUGCAGCAUGUCCUAGACCAUUUGUACGAAAGACGCUUUGGUGCUAAUUAUGCUCUCUUGCUGCUGUGGGCAUCUCAAGCCAAUGCAAUUCCUGUUUCAUUCUGGACACUUGCAUUUAUUCUGUCCCACCCUUCUAUUUACGAAAAUGUCAUGAAGGAACUAGAAUCUGUUUAUGGCAAACCAGGCAAAGAAAACAUUGCAAUACAUGUAGAUGACCUUAAAAAGCUCCAGUUUAUCAAGUGGUGUAUUUUGGAAUCCACACGAUUAAGGGCUCCAGGUGGUAUCACCAAGAAAGUGGUCAAUCCAAUUAAAGUUCAGAACUUUGUCAUCCCUGCUGGUGACCUGUUGAUGUUAUCUCCAUAUUGGAUUCAUAGGAACCCAAAAUAUUUUCCAGAACCUCAGCUGUUUAAACCAGAUCGUUGGAAAGAAGAAAAUUUAGAGAAGAAUUCUUUCUUGGAAGGCUUUGUGGCAUUUGGAGCGGGGGCACACCAGUGUCCAGGAAGGUGGCUUGCUAUAAUGGAGAUUCAGAUUCUUGUUGUUUUGUUCCUUUACAAAUAUGAAUGUAAACUUUUGGAUCCACUGCCAAAGGAGAGUCUUUUACACUUAGUGGGGAUACAGCAGCCUGCAGGACCAUGCAGAGUUCAAUAUAAACGGAGAAUAUGAACAUUAUCAGUAGUGCCCAGCCCAGUUCCUGUGCCAAGAAAUGCCAGACUGAAGGACUAUUGAUCUGCUCUUUUUCCAUGCUUCAUGUGUUGCCAAACAAUUACCACUUGGGGUUAGAAAAACAGAGGUUUAAAUAUACCACCCAAGCUAUGCAAUGUAUAGCAUGUAGUACUAAUCUUUCUUAGAGUCACAGACCAGAAAAAUCACAAUACAAACAGCUGAUAACAUUUAUAGCAUGCUAAUCACUUCAGAUUUGGGCCUUGUUCACCCAGAGAAUAACCAGCUUCUUUUCAUUCAUUCACAGUUGGUGGCAGGGGUGUAGCCAUAAUUGAGCGGAUGGGGUCAAAGAACCCAGGCCCCCCAGCUACUGAGGCCCCCCCUCCCUAUUUUCUUCAUAAUCUCCCUCACUCUGAGGGGCCUCCAGGGAGAGGAGUGAACACGAGCCCCCUCUCCUCUAGCUACGCCCCUGGUCCGUGGACUCAGUUCUUCUUCAGCACCAAGGUAACUGACUAGCCCCAAAGUCAGUUUAUUGAGGGCUAGCAGCUUCUUUGAGACCAGUCCAAAAGGCAGAUGUGCUCAUAGCGCUCUUUAAAUAUACAGUAGGUUGAUGCACUCAUCUCCUGCAGCUACAUGACUGCUGAUGGAGAGUUUACAGCAUUACCAACAUUUGAGUGGCCUACUCUGCAAGCAAAGAUAAUUCUUUCUAGGUGCAGGACAUGGCACUCUUACCCCUGGAUUUUGGGGCCUCCACAGUCCCUGGGGACCCCCAAAUCCUCUUUAGUCUGUCCUGGGUGAUGUGGUUGCCUGAUGGAGCACGUUGAUGCUUAAUUAGCAAGGGAGGGGUGAGGGGUUCCAAAGGCCAUUAGGUCCAGGUUCCAAAAUUACCUAGGUGCACCUCUGGCAGGACACUAGGAAAUUGGCCUAUAUCUUCAGUGUGUGAUAAGGUGCUAUGGCCCAUAGGAAGCUGCCUUAUACCGAGUCAGACCUUUGGUCCAUCUAGCUCAGUAUUGUCUACCCAGACUGGCAGUGGCUUCUCCAAGACUGGAGGCAGGGGUCUCCCUCAGCCUAUCCUGGGGAUGCCAAGGAGGGAACCUUCUGCACACAAGCAUGCAGCUGCUCUUCCCAGAGCAGCCCCAUCCUCUAAGGAGAAUAUCUCAUAGUGCUCACACAUGUAGUCCUAUUCAAAUGCAACCGGGGCAGACCCUGCUUAGCAAAGGGGACAGUUCAUGCUUGCUUCCAUAAGACCAGCUCUCCUCCCUUAUGACUAUAAGACCAGCCCAAGCUGUGGGAAUGGCCAUUUAGCAAGACUAAAUUGUAAUAAAAAGGUACAGUAAAUUGUACAAUAUCUCUUACCAGCCUCCCCUCCAUGUGGAUUGUACCAUACUGUUCAGUGUGAUUUGUAUCCUCAUUAUUAUGAAGUACACUGGAAAACUUUCUGAUGUUUCCCCGCUACUAACUGAGAAAAGAGGCUCCUUUUUAUAGUGGUGGUUCUCUUAGCAGGGGGAAAACAACUGGUCCUGUCCAUUCCCAGCAACUCAUCCCUCCAAUGGCUAUUGCUAAUGUCUGUGUUAUGUUUCUUUUUUAGAUUGUGAGCCCUUUGGGGGAAAGGGAGCAAUUGUGUGUGUGUAUUCAUUCAUAUCUAUGUAAACCACUUUGGGAACUUUU